AUGCCUGGAAAGAGACUGGCCUCCAAUUCAUGCGAGGCACACGCCGGGGAGAUCUUGUUUCAAGACGAGCGACGCAGUGUGGCAGGACGGGCCACUCCAAACGAGCACAACAACUCCCGCCUCAACGCCCAGCCGUCGUUCGUCAGUCCCGGGAUUACUGGCCGGUCAAAGGAUGUCAUGAGCAUUGGCACCACGCCAAAAGCUUCGUCUGAUCUGGACCUCGGCGGUGGGUGUGUUGUGUUCCGUCAACCGUGGUUGGCAAGUAAUUUCCUGGCCGGAGUCUAG